AAAUUGGGCGCUGCCGAGCACAAACGCCACGUCAACUUCAUCAUGCCCAAGAAUCCAUGGGAUAUUUCUUUCAUGGGCACGCUGAAGACGUUGUCGCUGAUUUUUGGUGAGCAGUCAUCACUGUUCAACACCCGAUUCCAGUGUUUCCAGCUGUGCAAACGGGAAUCCGACGAUAUCGUCACGUAUGCCGGCAUUGUGAAUCGCGAGUACCAGUUAAAAUGCCUUAUUUUCAUCAGCGGCCUCCAGUCCCCCAAGGAUGCCGGCAUCCGGGAACGUCUUCUGGCCCACGUACAUCAGAGCAGCUCAGUUACUCUCCAAGAACUGGCUGCCGAAAGUCAAACAUUGAUAAAUCUCUAG